AUGUCAGGCAAAAAUUUGCCAGUCCUCCCGGCCGGAUUGGCCGAGAUGGACCAUCCGCUGGAUCGGCAAGAGCAUCGUUCAUUCAUUAGGCAGCUGACAUCAAGAAACGUCAAAAGAAAAGAAAGGGGUGAGAAGACAUUCUCGCUCAUAAAGAAGCUUAGGUUUGGCCUGUACUUUGGCGAACAAACUCGCCUAGAAGACUUUGCAGCGAAUAAAAGCACGUUCGCAAACGCCGACGUGAUUGCUAUUUGUUAUGACCGGAGCAAACCAGAGACACUUCAUAACGCCAUUUACAAGUCAGAACAGAGGGUCUCGACAAGGCAAGGAGAGGAAGCGGCACGUCAAAUCGGAGCGGUGGCGUACAUUGAGUGGACAGCGGGUAUCGACGAGCCAUUAAGGGUGAUGAAGGAACUAAUGUGCCUCCCUCCUCGACCACCCAGAACCAACAAGGCCCCUUGCACUUUGAUCUCCAUUUCUUGGAACCAAGAGACAGGUGGGAAACAAUUCGACCCAGCAGUUGACGUAAAUACAAAGCGCCGCGGGCUAUUUCCUAAGAAGAGAUGGUCAAAUGGAUAUGGGGUGAAGCAUGGUCUCGUAGAAAGAGACGACGGGAGAUGUCAAAGCGUACAAUUCUCGUUCGUGGCUUGGCGUUCGGUGAUUCUCAAAACGUUCCCAUCCCAGCUCCCAGUUACAUACUCACCGAUUUUCCCUGACGGAUCGCUGAAACCGCCGCCGAAGCAAGAGCAACACCACAAGCGGUAUCGGUCCAUAAGACAAAGGUUACCACCCCUCUUUUCCCAUCCUCAACCUAUCCAGGAGGAGUACAGGGUAGAAAAGGAGAAUAAGAGGAUAUCCUCCAACAUUAGUUUCAACCAGUAUUGGGGGAACCAGAGUCACCAGGAAGACUUCAUCACCAGUGCGUGGGCGUUCACACACGUCGACGUGAUCGCAAUUUGUUAUGAUCGGUCUAAACCCGAAACACUUCACAAUGCCAUUUAUAAGGUGUUCGGGUACCUCUACCCUUUCAACGACAAACCAGUCUCAGAUAAAGGAAAGCAGAAUGCGCUGACGAAUGAAGAUGCUGACCUGGUUUCAACCCAGGAAGGAGAGGAAGCAGCCCGUCAAAUUGGGGCAGUGGCAUACAUUGAAUGGACGAGGGGUGACCAGUCGCGUUUAGCGGCAACGGAGACGUUGUUAUG